AUGGUUGGAUUGGCGGGCGGGGGAGGUCAUCUGUAUCCCUCGCCCCCAAUGCAACCUAAUCCAGAAUUGAGAGAAAUGACAGGAAUCGCUCCUAGUGCUCCGACUAGUGCAGAUGCUUGUUUAAGCAUAGUACAUUCUCUCAUGUGUCAUCGUCAAGGUGGUGAAAGUGAAGGGUUCAGUAAAAGAGCCAUUGAAUCUUUGGUUAAAAAGCUUAAAAAGAAAUUCAAUCCCCUUAACUACAAUGUAAUCCUUCUUUUUUUUUUUUUUUUUUUUUGAAAAAAAUGUGUCACAAUACAAAGAACUCUGGAUGGCAGGCUACAAGUUGCUGGUCGUAAAGGUUUUCCACAUGUUAUUUAUGCACGAAUCUGGAGAUGGCCAGAUUUGCACAAGAAUGAAUUGAAACACGUCAAGUACUGCCAGUUUGCUUUUGACUUAAAAUGUGAUUCUGUAUGUGUAAAUCCAUAUCACUAUGAGAGGGUUGUAUCUCCUGGCAUAGACCUAUCUGGGCUGACUCUACAGUCAGGAGUAGGCGUAGGACCAGGUGGUAGAUUGGUCAAAGAUGAGUAUUCAGUUGGUGGUGGAGGAAGUGCAGCAGCUGGAGCAGUAGGAUCUGCAAUGGAUGUUGAUGGGGAAAUGAACCAAACUAUUCAGCAUCAUCCACCUGCUCAACCCACUUCAUCUAAUAACACCCAACCACCUCAGCAGCCUUUUAUACCAGGCCUACCACCACCUAAUCCAACUAGUGGUGAGGGUGUGUUUGGCAGUAAUGGGGGAGGGAAUAAUGGUGGUAAUCCACACAAUAAAUUGGAUGACAAUAAUUGCCCCAGGCAAACCUGGAUUCCCACACCUCAUCAUCCUACAACACGUAACAUUCAUCAUCCAGUAGUACAUCCAAUGAGUCACACCGUAGGUAGCCAACAGCAGUCAUUGAGUACAUCUAGUGGAGGAAAUGGAGCACAAAUGCUGAGUCCUUCGCAAGGACAAUCUACUGAAACAUUUUAUGGAACUAACACACCUCCUCAAGAUCUUAAUCAACCACCUACUGUUGACGCGUUAGCGGCUUCUCUAGGUGAAGGUCAAAACUCUCCUGUCUCACCUGUACAUCUUCAUCAUCCAAAUGGAUUUCCAGUAGGUACAGCUGCUUACAAUUCAGGAGCACCACAGUGGACUGGACCCAAUACUCUUACAUAUACUCAGAGCAUGCAACCUCCAGAUCACAGACAUCUUCAUCCUACCUCUUAUUGGGGUGGCCAUGGUGGUGAGGUAGGUGGAACCAUUGGUGGUUUACUGUCUACCCAGCCGGCGCCGGAAUACUGGUGUUCUGUUGGUUACUUUGAAUUAGAUACUCAAGUAGGGGAAACGUUCAAAGUAAGCAGCGGUUGUCCCACCGUAACAGUUGACGGAUAUGUUGAUCCAAGCGGUGGAAAUAGAUUUUGUUUAGGAGCUUUGAGUAAUGUACACAGAACAGAACAAAGUGAAAAAGCGCGUCUUCAUAUAGGAAAAGGAGUUGUGUUGGAUUUAAGGGGUGAAGGAGAUGUUUGGUUAAGAUGCCAAAGCGAACAUAGUGUCUUUGUACAGUCUUAUUAUUUAGACAGAGAAGCAGGCCGUGCUCCCGGUGAUGCCGUACAUAAAAUUUAUCCUUCCGCAUAUAUUAAAGUUUUUGAUUUACGGCAGUGUCAUAAGCAAAUGAGAGGACAAGCCGCUACUGCUCAAGCUGCGGCCGCGGCACAAGCUGCAGCUGUAGCAGGACAUUUGACGCAUGGAGCGCCAAUUACUAAAAGUUAGUAUACUACGUGUUUAAUUUUGCGUUUAAGUUUUGUAAAAGGUUGGGGUCCGGAUUAUCCUCGACAAAGUAUAAAAGAAACUCCAUGCUGGAUAGAGGUGCACUUACAUAGAGCCCUUCAAUUAUUAGACGAAGUUCUACAUACUAUGCCAAUAGACGGUCCACGGGGAAUUGAAUAAUUCUAUUUAAUUUCGAAAAAUACAUAUUGUUGCGAGCACCGUAUAUAAUCUCACAGCCUACUGGUGCUCUCUCCGGAAUCAAGAAAACGGUCGGUUCUUACUGACCGAUGCCAUCGAUCUAUCUGUUGUAAAGCUUUCUUCAUAUCAACUUGGAUGCCUUUCAAAAUUAUAGCAACCGACGGAAAAAUUUUGAGGGACCCAGAAUCGAACCCGCGACCUCAGGCUGGUAGGCCGAGCGAGCCUUUGCCCACUACGCCAACAACUCCCUCUCAAGCCCGCCUCCAGACACCUCUCGACUCGAUAUUCAUCUUCAGUCUCAGGGGAAACCACAUAAAAACCCUGAGCAAGGCGCUUGAACCUAAAGAAACAUCUUUCCAGGUUCUUCACGCUAUUUUCACGUCCUCACCCUUCAAAAAGGCCUUCAACAGAAAGAGAAGGAACUACAUAUAUUUUUUAGACCGACCAUCUUCUUGAUUCCGGAGCGAGCACUAACAGGCCACAAGAUUAUAUACGAUGCU